GAUUCUCGAUAGUGUUUUCGCAGAGCGUGCUGUAAAGACGAAUUUAACGAAAUUCGUUGUAGUGUUGGUCCAAUGAAAACUGAACAACAUCGGUAUAAUUAAAACGACAAUCAAAUUAAGCAUUUGGCAAAGCAUAUGCAGGUCAAUUGAAAGAAACCGGAAUUUAAGAUUUGCAAUUAACCUAAUCAGCGCUGGCGUGCUUCGGAAGUGGAGGAAAUCGGUUACUUUCUUUACGUCUGGUGUUGUUCGACCACAGUUUAGCGUGUCACGUUCGUAAGUAGUAAAGUUGUAGUAAUAUAUUGGAUAUUACACUGUUUUAUUACGUGACGUACACGGUAUAGCAUUAUAUAUUGUUAACAACGCAGAAUUGCAUUGUUGUUGCGUAUUUCUUGCAGUAAUGCUGGCUUGCUGGUCCACAAUGUGGAAGUAGGUAUGAUUGUAGAAUAAAAAAGAGUCAGGUGUAUUUUAACCAGACUAGUCUGCAAUACAGAUUUCUUAUUUUGUUUUAAAAUUCAAAAUAGAGUCAUUUUUUAAGAACCGAGUCAGGUUUUUAUUUUUCAUUAAAACGAUUUUAUGUAUCUCAGUUAUUAUACAGGUUUUAAAAUCGGCGGUUAAUUUUUAUUUUUGUAAGAGUUAAAUAAGCGAUAAUCGUAUUCAUAAACACACAUGCCUUACCCGAGAGUGCCCGCCGGUUGCAAUCACAGGAAAAAAUGGCCAAAUAUUGGAAUUAUAUUGACGUCAAUAUUUCUCUCCAUUCGUGUGGCAAGAGCUUCGAACUACGCGAGCAUGAUUACCCAAUUUUAUCCUUGUAAUGUUGCCAACGGUCUAGAUCUAAAUGUAACGACGUCAAGCGAAGUUUCUUUAUACAUCAGCAACAACCCCACAACUUACACACCAGACAAGACGUAUUUAGGUUCACUGAGAAGUCAACAUUCAUUUAAUUACGUUGUCAUCACGGCCGUUGUUUCAUCCAGCAGCUCCCCAGAAUCAGAUUCUCAGCAUUCUACAUCAAGUCGCUGCAUGCUUCUACACCAAGGAAUCUCAAUGCAAGCUAUGAACACGACUACUUUUUAUUGGGUAGCUCCACCUUCUGGAACUGGGUGCAUAACCGUUAUCGUGAAAGCGUCCACUCCACAAGAAAUCGUCCUUAACGAUAUUCCUGUUUUGCGGUUAUGUGAAGAUGGAAUAAGUAACGAAGAAGAAACGGCCGUUUCAACUUCAUUUAUAUUUCGUGAAAAUUUCAAUUUGGGAUCUCUUUCGAAUAACUGGAACACUGAACGUGCAGUUGACGUUACAUUCAGCAACACAUGUGGUGUUAUAUCAGAUAAUCCAUCUGCUUUGUUUUGUAACAGUCAUUCUAACACACUUGUUACUAAGCCAUUGAAUUUAACAUCUGCUUCAACUCUAGAGUUCGCAGUGGGAAGUGGAACAUGUUCUCCAACAACGAACCAAAUUAUUGUAUCAUACAAAACACAAUCCACUUCAUCAAGAUGGACAACUCUAUACGUUGUUCCAUCAGUUGAAUCAAGUGGUCAUGGUGUUGUACAUGUGGCGAUGAUACCUACAGAUGCAGAGCAGCCAAAUGUAGAAAUACAAUUUUCAGAAGAAGUCACUUUUACAACUGAUGAAAGUUGUUGGUGGUUGGAUGAUGUUGCGAUCCUCAGUGAGCUGAAUCGACCACAAUAUGUUCAAGAUGACAUGGAUCCGGCUAAUGACGAUAACUGGUUGUUUUUACCUGGUGCAGACAUCACUUCGAGAUGUGGUCACAGUAACUCCAUGAUGUUUCCUGAACAUGACUCCCCAACAUCAGCAACAACAACAGAUGUUGAUUUAUCUCACGGAGCCAACAAAGGGACUCCCAUCAUAAACAUGAUCCGAAGAGGUGGAACUAUUAUUAAGGGAGCUUGUGGUCACAACCCUAAUGAGAUGGUUCGUGUGUUUAAUGGACCUGGUUCACGUAGUUACUGCACCAACACUGACGUUGAUCUUACCUCAAAAGUUGCUGCAACUUUUUAUCUCACUAUAGGAGGAAGCAACUGCUCACGAAGUUCUUCUCAUUCCAUGGAUAUCCAAUAUUUCUUUGUACAAAAUGAUGUAAGACACAACGUGAAACGUUUCCACUAUGAUGCAUACCAGAACUGUCGAAAAGUUGUUGUCCCGAUUCCUCGUCGUGCUCGAACUCCAGGAACAAAUAUUUGUUUCAGUCAAGAGGAUCACGGUGGGAGGGAUGUCAAUGUGUGGGGGGUGGACUCAUUUACACUCGUUGAUAAACAGAUUGAUAAUCAUUACUUCAUGCAGUUCUCUAUUAACUUAGCUUGUGGUCAUGCUCAUACAUCAAGUGUUGAAGUCCAGUACUCUACAGACCAUGGACGUACCUGGCUUUUGCUACAAAAUGAAUGCUUGCCUGGUUCUUGUCCUGGUCAUUUUUGGUGGCAGAACACUGUGUAUGAUAGUGAUGCAUAUUCAAGCUGGAGAAGAGUUACAAUCCCACUUCCUGAAUCCGCAUUGACUACUGCUACGAGGUUUCGAUGGUUGGAACAAAGAUCGAAUGUGACAUCACAAUGGGCGAUUGAUGAUGUUUAUGUCGGAUCUGAUCGAACUUGUCCUUUAUUAUGCAGUAACAAUGGCUUUUGUACUUUGAAUGGAUGCAGAUGCGAUGAAGGAUAUACAGGUCAUGCUUGUAGAAUCCCUUUACGAAGGUUACCUCAAUUCUUAUCGGAAAACUUCAAUUUGGGAAUUUGGAAUCAUACUUUAUUUGAACCAGCUGAUGGAGGUGAGGUUGGAUUUCACUGUGGAAUCAUCAGCUCUGGAAAAGCUCUUGUGUUUGAUGGCGAAGGAAAGAGAAUGCUGAUGACAAAACCUCUUAACACAACUAGUCUAAAAUACAUGCAAUUCACCAUACUUCUUGGUCGGUAUUCAACCACUGGAACUUGUCAACCACCAAGUAGAGAAGGGGAAGGAAUCGUUCUUCAAUAUUCUGUGGAUGGUGGUGUUUUGUGGAAGCUGUUGGAACAUAUUUCACCCCAAAACAUUGGAAGACGGAGAAUCGUCAGCAUCACUUUACCAGAAGAUGCGAGGAACCACGGUGUGCAGUUUAUGUGGUUGCAAUCAGAGCAACCAUCCAACACUGCAGUGUGGGCACUUGAUGAUAUUCUCAUCACAUCCACUUUGUUUCGAACAGCCUACAGUACAUCAGUCAAUUUUCACAUGGGCAAAAUUCGUAACUUCUGUGGGAGAGAACGUGUUUUAGUAUUUCCAAAGUUAGAAGAACCGCAUGAUGGUGAAAUACGUUUUGCUGAAACACAAACUUUUCAAAUCAGCCAAGGUUACAUUUUACAAGCAGAGUUGGUCAUGGGGUGUGGGUCUAAUGUUUCCAGGAAAGCAAAUGAGAUAGAUGAUGAUACGACUCACUUGGAACUUCAAUAUUCAACAAAUCAUGGAAGAACUUGGAACAGACUUGCUCAACUGUGUACACCUGGUGGAAAGUGUGGUCCUUAUUUUCACCAAAACUCUGUACUAUAUGCAAGCGAAUAUAGAAAGUGGGUGAGGACAAUUGGCCCAUUACCACAACACACAUGGUCAAAUUCAACACGAAUUCGUAUUUUGCAAUCUGACAUGUUAAACAACAAUAAAGAAUGGGCGGUGGAUAAUGUUUAUAUGGGUCCAGGGUGUCCAAACUUCUGCCAUAAUCAUGGUCUGUGUCGUAAUGGUCAAUGCAUUUGUGAUCCAGGGUUUUCAGGAAUGACGUGUUUACCAAAUAAUCCACUUCCUGACUUUGUUGAAACCUCGUUUGGCAACACUGGAAGUUUGGAAGGUUGGAAACAGGUUGGAGCUCGUGUUGUUGGCUUGUACAGCAAUGUAUCAAAUGUUUGUGGGCCAAUGGUAUCAGCUGGGUUCUUACAUUUAUUUGGGCCAACCUUAAGGAAACUUGAGUCACCAGAUUUAAAUGUUCAAUCUGGUGGGCAGAUCCAGUUUUAUCUUCAAAUAGGAGGUGGCAAUUGUAAUUAUACAUUAUCUCGAACGAAUGGUGUAAUUCUUCAAUAUUCAACUAAUGGUGGAGCAACCUGGAAGUUUAUUCAGGAAUUUUAUUACAGUAGUUACCCUACACCAACUUAUAUCAAUAUUCCUAUACCUACAACAGCAAGAACACAUCAUACAAGGUUUAGGUGGUGGCAACCUGAAAAUAAGGGCAAAGGUGAAGACACGUGGUCGCUUGAUGAUAUUUUUAUUGGUGAAAGAAUGCUGAAUGAUGAUGCUAGAUUGGAUGAGUCAGCAGAUUUUCAACAACCUCAUGAUAACCUUCAACUGCAUGAAGUUCAACUAAAGGAAAAUAUUUUCACAACUUUUUCAAACAUUGGAAAUUGGGUUGAUUUUUGUUCUCCUCGUAACGGGUCAUUUGUUUUCAAUAAAUUGAAAGGAGAUCGAUUUGCAAUGACCAAGGAUAUCUUCUUGAAAGCUGGUGAUGUCAUUCAAUUUCAGAUCAACAUUGGUUGCUCCAAGAAUUUUUCAUUUGAGAAUCCAGUUCGACUUGAGUAUAGUCAUGAUGGUGGACACACGUGGGAUUAUGUUCGUCACUCAUGUUAUCCUAAUGGACGAUCGCUAACAGAAGAAGAUUUAUCUUCUCAUAGUCCAGAAGAUUCUACAUCUCAUCUAUGCACGGGAGCUUCACGUGAGCUGCGUGAAUCAAGUCAAUAUCACGCUGGUGAUUAUGAUGAGUGGAAAACUGUUGUGAUACCUGUGCUUCCCAUGAUUGCUGAAGCACCAUCUCGAUUCCGCUGGACUCAACGCAUUGAAAAUGAACCACUGGACUGGGCAAUCCAUAAUGUUUACAUCGGACCAAAUUGUGUGAAACAUUGCAGUGGACAUGGUGUUUGUACUUAUAAUAGUUCCAACCAACCACAAUGUAUCUGUGAUUCUGGAUAUGAAAGUGACAGUUUUGGAUCUUGUUCACCUUUAAGAAACAGUCUGGAUGGAUUUUCUGUUAAUUUUAAUGAACUUUCCACUGAUUACUUUCAUUACAUGCGUGGUGGUAAGCUUGGGAAUGGCUGUGGAAACAUAAAAAGUGGAAAGUCGAUUUACUUUGGUGGAGAAGGAACAAGAUUGUUACAAACCAAUCCAAUAAACACAACUAAUAUCAGACUUGUCCAAUUUUAUCUAAAACUUGGAAAUUCGUUAAAUGAUGAAGAAUGUUUGGCUCCAACUAUUCGUGAUGAAGGAAUUCUUUUCCAAUAUUCGAAUGAUAAUGGGAUUACAUGGAAGUUAAUUAAGGAGCUUUACUUUGAUGCAUACCAAGAAAGUCCAACAUUGAUCAAGCUGCAGAUUCCUCUCAGAGCAAAAACAGAAUCAACAAUAUUUCGAUGGUGGCAACCAUUACCAACAAAUGUUUUUUCUAGGCUCACAGAAGUAAGAUUCAGGUGGGCUGAAGCUUCUGUUGAUCCAACAUGUCAGUGGAAACUUGAUAAUGUUUAUUUGGGGAAUGGUUGUCCAUGGAUGUGCAGUGGACAUGGAUAUUGUGAACCAACUGCUUCGAAUGUAGAUGUUUGUAGGUGCGAUCAUGGUUAUGACUUGUUACCCCACUGCCAACCAAGCACAAAACUUCCCUCUUAUUUAAAAGAUGAUUUUAAUCUACCAUGGUCAGCUGAAGGUAAAUAUUCCAUGGUGAUUGGAAAUAAAGAAAUGAACAUUGAUGACAUCACAUCUGUGGGAAUUAUCAGCCAAGGUGAAAAUAUUCAGUUUUCAAAACCUGGUAUUCGUUUGCUACAAACUGUUCCAAUGAACACAACAGAAGCAACGUUUUUGCAGUUCUACCUCACAUAUCAAGGUGAUGCAGCAAUUCAGCCAAUAAAUGAUGUGAUUGUACAAGCAAGUAUAAACAAUGGGAUAACAUGGACAACAAUUCAUCAAGUUGAUGCUUUAUUAUUGCCUGAUCGGAAAUUUGUAAACGUUAUGCUUCCUGUUCAAUUUCAACAUGAGGAUACCAUGUUCAAGUUAUGGAGUGGUGAUAUUACAAUAGAUGAGAAUGAAAGUAGUUGGGCAAUUGAUAAUUUAAUAAUUGGAGGUCAAAUGGAAAGUUGCAACAACUAUCUUCUCACCGAUGACUUCAAUAUUUUAAAUAACUCAAAUUGGGCGUUUAACUCUGGUGGGAAGCUGGGAUCCUAUUGUACAAAUAUAUUAUCUCCAGAUAUUUCAUCGUCUUCUUUGUUGUUCAAUCAAACAUUGGGUGAAACUUCAGUGACAACAAGAGAUCUUUGUUUUACCUCGUCUGAUUAUCUUGUCAUGUUUAAGAUCGCGGUGGGAUGUGACACUGAAGGGUCCUCUGAGCAGUUUGUUCGUUUUGAGUAUUCAACAGAUAAUGGUCAAACGUGGGAUCUUGUUCAACCAUAUUGUGAUGGACGUGACAUCAAUGCUCAUUGUUCAUUCAGUGAUCAUCCUUCAUCUGUUUACUACACAGGAUAUCUCAAUCAUUAUCAAAAUAUUAUUAUUUCUCUUAAGCAUUUGCCAAACAUAUGCAGCCUCGAUGCAGUGAGGUUCCGCUGGUUCCAAGGAUUCCAUAGCAGUCACCAGGAGGCGCUAGAAGCAACGCCCUGGUCGCUUGACAAUGUUUACAUCGGACCUGGUGUUGGGGAAGCUUGUGGAAAGGAAACUUUUUGUAAAACAAACCAAAACCUUCACAGUUGUCAUGAUGGGAGUUUCUAUGCAUUUGCUUGCUGCAAUGAUAGUUAUCCAACGUUUUUUUAUGAGGAUUUUGAAUGGUCAGAUUCCUCAUCAAUUCCAAACAAUUUGUGGUCAGCUGUAUCUGGUGGUUCCCCUGCUCCUAACCCUGCGUCAUGUGAUUGGAGCGUUUUUGUUGGCAAAAGUUUUCUGAUGAAUCGAAGUGGUGACCGACAACUUAUAACUGGUUACUUGGAUACCAGGAAGUCUUCGUUUAUACAAUUUUACCUGCGAUUAAACUUACAACCAAGCUUUGCUGUAGAAGAACGAAUUUCCUCACAAUUUGUUCUCCUACAAUAUUCAAUUGAUGGUGGUUUAAGUUGGAAAAGUUUUGAAACUUUUUCAUUUCAGUCAACAUUUGCAGCAGAGACACAAUAUGUAGCCCUGAUGAUUCCAGAGGAUGCCCAAUCUAAUGCAACCAUGUUUAAAUGGUGGCAACCAAGUGUUGAUGGGAAUCAUAUUUAUGAUUGGUCUAUUGAUCAUAUCAUCAUUGGUGAAACACUAAAGGAAUUGGAUGAAGAUUUUAAUCAACCAAAUCCUCUCUAUUGGUUGGAGAUGGCAUCUUCUGCAAUUCAAUUGGCCGAUUGUUGCAAUGAAAAUUGUGUUUCUAUUGGGGGAGAUAGAUACAGUAGAAUAAAUUGUGGCAAAAGCUGGAUUGUUACUAAUGGUGUGAAAGUUAACUCGGGUUCAUUUAUUCAGUUUUAUUUGUCAUCUGAUUGCGGUAAACAGAAUGCUGUUUGUCAUGACCUGGUUUUUGAAUAUUCAAAAGAUCUCGGCCACACGUGGCAACCUGUGGUCUCAUCAUGUAAUUCCAUCAACACACGAUGCGUCUUUACUUAUCCUGAUUCACUUUUCUUGUCGGAUGAAUUUUCCAACAAAAACAACAAUUCUCAACGUGUCAUUAUUCCUUUAAGAGAACAUACUUGGUCACAAUCAACAAGAUUUCGUUGGAUUCAACUCAUAGAUUCAUCUUCUGUUAACAAAUGGUCGAUUGAUGAUGUUUAUAUUGGUAGUUCCUGCCCUGGAGCAUGUAGUGGUCAUGGAAGAUGCCACCAACACAAAUGCAUUUGUGAUGAUGAGUGGAAAGGCGAUCGAUGUGAAAUUCUCACCACUUUCCUUCCAACUGAGGUGAAAGAUAUAUUUGAAACAUCUCAUUGGGAUGAGGAUGACUCCAUGUAUGCUACAGUAGUGGGAGGGGUGAUAGAUGAUGUGUGCGGAGAUCUGGGAUUCGAAACUGCUCUCCAUUUUACAGGAGGUUGCUCCAGGAAGCUUACCACGGUUCCAUUAGACACCACAGAUGCCGACUUUGUUCAGUUCAACUUCCGCUUUUCAUGCAAUACGAAUCCUGGGAAUCCCGUGAAUCGUGAUACUGGUGUCAUGAUUGACUAUUCACGAAAUGGAGGAAUCACCUGGAACGCGUUGUUUGAACUUUAUAAUGAUGGAAACAAUGAAGAAUCAAGGUUUGUGAACAUAAUGUUACCGAGAGAAUCUCGUGGAGUUGGAGUUCAAAUUCGAUGGUGGCAACCUUCGUUCACUGCAUCCGGCGCUGAUGAUUGGGCCAUCGAUAAUUUAUUCAUCGGUGGAAAACGUGAAGAGAAAAUGUUAAGCGAUGCAUUCACGAUUCAUAAUUACAAUGUCAGACCUGCAGGGCUCUACCUUGACAGAGAUGACAAGGAUAUGUGGCAGUUUUAUGACAACACAUAUCCAUCUAACUUCUGUGGUAGAAUGAAUGUUAUAAGAGCCGGUGACAAUACUGGGUUGCCGGUGUCUGUUGGGACAAAAGAUUUUGUGGCAGAAACUGGAUACAUUCUGCAGUAUACAAUUGUAGUCAUGUGUGGAACUACCAAACAAUCCCACCAACCUGUUCAUGUUCAAUAUUCAACUGACUUUGGUGAUAGUUGGCAAUACGUGACACCACAAUGCCUUCCAUCUGACAUCGAUUGCUUUGGAAAGGAGAUGACUCAGCCGACUGUACAUUUUGCGAGUCAAAACUGGAGACGGAAAACAAUUUGGUUGAGCAGUAAAUUAUUGGCAAGGCCCAUUCGUUUUCGAUUGCAUCAGUAUGCAUCAGACACACUUUGGGCUCUUGAUAGAUUGUACAUUGGUUUAGCUUGCCCUGAAGCUUGUUCUGGCCAUGGUGACUGUGUUAAAGAACUGAAUGGAGAACCUUAUUGUAUCUGUGAUGAUGGCUACACUGGAACCAACUGCUACCUACAAGAACAGCUGCCAACAUAUUUAAAAGAUACUUUCGCAUCUUCAAAUGUAACAUCUGAUCAAUGGCAUAUAUUGGACAAUGCUGCAGCAUCAGUUAACUGUGGUAGGUUGAUGGAGGGUGAUGCACUUGUUUUUGAUGGACCUGGACACAAACAAGCAGAAACUAUAGAUCUAGACCUUAGAGAUGCAAGGUUUGUACAAUACCAUGCUGCAAUUGGAGGAACAAAUCAAUCUUCACUAUGUUUACCCGUCCAUCAACGAAGUGAUGGUUUGUUGCUACAAUAUUCAACCAACGCAGGUAUUUCAUGGCAUAUGCUAAACGAAUUGGACUAUCUAUCCUACAAUACUUCAACCUAUGACUACAUCACCUUACCACUGAAUGCUCGUACAAAUUCAACCCGAUUGUUGUGGUGGCAACCUUACAUUAUUGAUCACAAAACAGGAUUAGUGAUGAUGGGAACAGAUAGAGCAGGUUGGGCGAUUGAGAAUGUUUAUAUUGGUGGGAAUGAAGUCAAUUCUCCAAAGUUGGAAUAUAACUUUGAAUCAAACGUACUACCUGUUCAUAAUAAAGGUUUACUUUCUGAUGAGAGUUUUAACUUUUAUCCACACGGAACACGAGGUGACUUGUUAUGUGGUUCAAACCCGGAUUCAAUGACUUGGAACUUAAAUAAUGAAAUAUCAGCCGAACAUAGUCUUACUACACGUCAGUUGAUUGUGGCACCUGGUUACAUGAUUCAGUUCAAGAUUAAUGUUGGAUGUGGUUCAGCAGUCAAUGAAUGCUCCAAAGAAUUUCAUGUUCGACUUGAAUACAAGACCAACCCCAUGUCAACGGCAUGGCAACUGGUGCGAGAAGAAUGUUUCCCAACAACUGUGUCACAACCAGACUGUACUUUAUUCAGUUAUAAUGAAGCCAGCAUUUAUGAACCAAUGCCCGGCAAUGUGUGGAAGAGAGUAACCAUACCUAUUGACUUCAUAGAAGCAGAAACCACCCAGUUCAGAUGGUAUCAACGCACUGUUUCCACCACACACAAACCCUGGGCAUUAGAUGAUAUUUAUAUUGGCGAGCAGUGCCCCGACAUGUGCAUGGGGCAUGGCAAAUGUGUUUCUGGUCCACUAUGUGUCUGUGAUCUCGGUUAUAGAGGUUCUAACUGUGGUGAGCCAAUUGAUCCACACUAUGUACAAGACUUCAAAGAUUCAUUUGAAGAUUCCAGCUUUUCAAUUCCAACCCAUCUUAAAUGGUCUCUCAUAUCAGGUGGAAGUAUUGGUUAUUGGAGAUGCGGUUCACUUGCGCCUCAUGGGUCGGGUAAAAGUGUUCAUUUUGAUCAGUGUGGAAAACGUAUUUUACAAACAGUGGAAAUGAACUUAAUGAAGAAAAGUUACGUACAAUAUGUUCUUCAAAUUGGAUCACUAAACCCAUCAUCUCAAUGUGCGUCUAAUCAUUCAGCACCCCGGCCACAUGGUGGUGCUGUUUUACUCCAGUAUUCAAUCAACAAUGGGAUAACAUGGGACUUGCUGCGAGAACAUGUUCCCUCACAUUACAUGAGGGGACGUAGGGUGUUUGUGAGGCUACCAACCAAGAGUCGAACUGGUCACACAGUAUUGCGAUGGUGGCAACCUACGCAUGGUGGUCAUGGUAGGAAUCAAUGGGGUGUGGAUAAUGUGGAAGUUAUAAUGAGCCAAGUGGAUCGGCAUCUCCACAAUUUACAUUUGUCUUCAAUCCUGAGGAAAUUUAAACACACACGCCAACCAAGGAACAACACAAGUUCACCAUAAACAUUCAUAUCUCAUACUUAACAUAUGUUCACAUUG